CCUCCCCCACUGUCUACUCCUCACUGCCAAUACCCCUCCACUCUCCGCCAACCCCUCCCUCCAAUCCCUGGCCUCCACUCAGUGUCCUCCACCCCUCUCUGCCAAUCCCUCCACUGGCUUCCACUCAGUGUCCUCCACCCCCUCUCUGCCAAUCCCUCCACUGGCCUCCAUUCAGUGUCCUCCACCCCUCUCUGCCAAUCCCUCCACUGGCUUCCACUCAGUGUCCUCCACCCCUCUCUGCCUAUCCCUCCACUGGCCUCCAUUCAGUGUCCUCCACCCCUCUCUGCCAAUCCCUCCACUGGCAUCCACCCCUCUUUGCCAAUCCCUCCACUGGCCUCCACUCAGUGUCCUCCACCCCUCUCU